CAGCCGGCCUCGCCCGAGCCCGCCGGCCUCGGGACCGCCCGGGGCGCCGCGCCGCCGCGCCGCGCCGGGGGCCCCGCCGCCGCCCCGGCGCCGCCAGGCGAAUGCCCGAGUUGCCAGACCCCGCAGCUCCAGCCGCUGUCUGGGCGCCGCCGCGCUCGGUCUUCAAGAUCGUCGUGGUCGGCGCGCCCGGAGUGGGCAAGAGCUCGCUGGUCCGCCUCCUGCUCGGCGCCCCCGCGCCGCCCGCCGGCACCGGGGCCGCGGGCCGCGGGGCGCCGCGGGCCCGCGACCUGGCGGCAGGGGCAGGACGACACUCCAGCCACGACGGCGGGCCGGAGCCCACUGUCGGUGCUGAUUUCUGCACGCGGGCCGUCUUCCUGGACGGCUCGGCAAGGCCCGUGCGGUUGCCACCCGCCCCGUUGGCCCAGGAGCGAUUCAAGUCGGUGGUGGAGCCGUGCAUCACCGGCCUCGAGGAUGGGGACCACGACGCCGUCGUGGUGGUCUACGACACUUCCGCGUCGGAGAGCCUGGAGGAGGCCAACGCGCUGAUCUUGCAAGCUCGCCGCCUGGCAGCGGGCUCACCACAGGUCGCCCUCGUGGGGUGCAAGUGCGACCGUGGCCCGCGCGAGGUGUCCACAGGGGAGGGCCGCGCGCGCGCCGCGGAGCUCGGCGCCGCGGUCUUUGUGGAGGCGAGCUGCCCGCCGCCGCUGGUGGGCGACCGGCAGGUGGAUCGGCUGCCCGGGGAGGCGCUGUCUACCCACGCGGAGGCGGAGGAGAAGUUGGUGCGGCCGCUGCUGCGCAGGUGCCGCGAGGCGGCCGGGCCCGCCGGCGCCCCGCUCCCGCCAGCGCCGGCGGCGGAGCCCCAGUGCAGGGCGGCCGCCCGCACGCAGCAGCACCCAAGGUGCUCCGUGCUCCGCUGCCUCGGCUUGGCGUAACGGCCGAAUGGCCUCCUUCGCUGCUUGGGGGCUCCCUGCUCUGCCUAUGGAGCUCACCGGAUGCCGCACACGUCGGCUGGUACAGGGGUGAAAGCUCGGCGGGGCGGGGCCAGGCUCGCUCAUCCGCUUCCUCACCAUCCUGUUUCCCCCUCCUUGUAUCCCUCCCUCCUCCUGUCUCCCCCCCUCCUCCGCUGUUUAGCGAGCAAAUGCCGCGCACCACGAUGUUGAUGUUGCUGGGUUGCAGGCGUGCGGCGGUGCGCGUUUGAGCAUCCGGGCGCUUGCCACAAAGGACGGCAGACUCUGCGUGCUGCAGACUUUUCGGAGCAGGUGCAGCACAGGAGGAGAGGGGGG